CUUCUCUCGGCCAAUUCGAUAGCACACCUUUGUAAUACUGGUGUCUCCUAUAUAAACCGACCAAAAUCGUGGAUUUGCCCCGUUUCCAACGUUCAUCCUUCCUUCCCGUCGCCUUCUCUCCUCACAGAUUUCUCCCCCCAAAUUCGUCCCCUUCUCAGCCCCAUUUUCCACCCCGUGUUCCUUCGUUCGUCGCGAUUUGUUCUCCCGGCGGCGACGAAAGCACGGCGACGCAGCAAGCCAGCCUCACUGGUUACUGGCACUGGACCGGCGCGGAUUGAUUUCUUCUUUCCUCGGAUAAGCAUUGAUCCUGGAUUUAGCUAUUUCUUAUGUGAUAAGCAGAUAAGCUGCAAUGAAGGAUUCUCAGUGUUUUUCUUUUUCUUUUAGCAGGUGAUUGAUUUAUGUUACUUAUGGACAUUUCCUACAGGAUAUUCAGAGCACCACAGAGUUGCAGAUGUCCCCCCAGGGUACUAAUGAAGUGCAAAGUAACCAACUAAACACAAUGGCCACUGAUGCACCUGCAGGAGAUCCCGGUUCUGUGGCAGUCGCUAACAAUGAUAAUAGAAAAGUCUCCCGUGAAGACAUUGAACUUGUCCAAAAUUUGAUAGAGCGCUGUCUGCAGCUGUACAUGACCAAAGGAGAGGUUGUUAGGACACUUUCUACUCGUGCUAGAAUAGAACCUGGCUUCACUACUUUAGUAUGGCAGAAACUUGAAGAAGAGAACUCUGAAUUCUUUCGGGCUUACUAUAUAAGAUUGAAAUUGAAAAGACAGAUUGUCUUGUUCAACCAUUUAUUGCAGCACCAGUAUAAUUUGAUGAAAUAUCCAGCACCUCCGAAUGUUCCGCUGGCUCCCAUGCAAAAUGGAAUGCAUCCUAUGCCAGUUAACAAUCUACCGAUGGGGUAUCCAGUACUUCAGCAACCUCUGAUGCCUGCUCCUGGCCAGCCUCACAUUGAUCCGAUGGUUUGUGGUCUAUCCAGCGGCCAUGUAGUGAAUGGGAUCCCUGCACCAGGUGGUUAUCAUCCAAUGCGCAUGAACUCUGUAAAUGACAUGGUUGUGGACAAUGGUGCACCGGAAGCUGCACAUGCUGGUGCUAUGUCAUCUGAUAUGGCUGUGAGUCCCUCAUCAGCAGCAUCAAGCCAUGCUCCUUUCACUCCAUCUGAGAUACCAGGGAUGGCCAUGGAUACAUCAGUCCUGGAUUCAGCAUUUGGAUCUGAGAUAGGGAACACAGGACCUCUGCAAUUAGGGGCAGAUGGGUCGUCAAGGGAUUCCAUCCGAUCCUUGGGGCAGCUCUGGAAUUUCAGCCUCUCUGAUCUUACAGCAGAUUUGACAAGUUUAGGAGACUUGGAGGCUCUUGAGAAUUACGCGGGUACCCCUUUCCUGCCCUCGGACUCGGAUCUCUUACUUGAUUCCCCAGACCAUGAUGACAUAGUUGAGUACUUCGCCGACGCCAUCAACGGGUCCCAAUCGGACGAAGAGAAGCCAUAGAGAACAGACUCAAAAUAGUCCCGUUGAGAUUUAGACCUGGCCAGAGUGCCUAUCUCAUGUAGUGUAAUCUUGGAGCCGCGCAUACCGCGGUAAUAUCAGACUGUGGGUAUUCGCCCAGAGAUGCGGUAAUUGCGCGUCACUAAAGAAUUUUGUAGUGGUCAAUGCUAGUCCUUUGGAAUAAUCAGCCUUCACCGGAUAAAGUUGCUGUCUACAAGUCUGGAAAAGUUUAGAAAAAAAAUUGUGCUGAACCUCAGGAACAAAACAACCCUUUGUAAUUGCUGAACGAGUGGACAGUUCAUCUGGUAUUGCACCA